UCAAUGUGAUUGAUUUGAAUUUGCAAACACAAAAUGAAUAACACGAUCCCCGUUAGUCCUUACAAAAGUGAAAUGUUGGAAUCGUUCAGUCUGUGGUAUGGAAAAUGGCACGGAUAUAUCAGUCUUGUUAUAUGUGUCAUAGGGAUCAUUCUUAAUACAAUCAACAUUGUUGUACUCACUCGGAAAAAGAUGCAAACACCAAUUAACUCUAUCCUUACAUGGCUCGCUGUCUUUGACAUUGCUACGAUGAUGUCAUAUGUACCAUUUGCAUUCCAUUUUUAUUGUCGAUAUUCCACGUUUUUUAUUUCCUCAGACAAAAAUAGCAAGCCAUGGAUGACAUUUUUGCUGGUAUACUUGAAUUUUUCGGCGACCACACAUACUAUUUCAAUUUGGCUUGCCGUUGCCUUGGCAAUAUUUAGGCACAAACAUUUGCAUUCGCCCGCAAAAGGAAGUCUGACGCGCAUGCGUCGACUAAUUAGAGCACGUGUUGUAGUCUGUGUCAUUGUUUGUACUUCAAUAUUGAUAAUGAUUCCAAAUUACGUUAUUCACAAAUUAGAGAAAAUAGAAUUAAGAAACAAUGCUACCAUGUAUGUAUUUGAAGACUGGAAUUUAGGGUCGAAACACACACAUCCGGUAACUACACUCGCUUUAAUUAUGUACAGUGUACUUGCAAAGAUCUUACCCAGCCUUUUGAUCAUGUUAUAUGGCGGUUUACUACUUAAAACAUUGAGUAAAUCCAUGAGGGUAAAAAGGCGAUUAUCCGAAGGAGGGGCCAGCCUUAGUUACCAAAGAAACAGAAACCCAUCGAGGACAACAAUUAUGUUGCUAACAGUGAUUGUAUUGUUCCUUGUUACCGAGUUACCACAGGGUAUACUUAUUGUUUGUUCCGUAUUUUUAGAAAAAUUCUUUGAACAUAUAUACAUUCCAUUAGGAGACGUUAUGGAUAUUUUAGCGCUUAUAAACAAUGCUAUCAACUUUGUGCUUUACUGUACUAUGAGUCAUGAAUUCAGGAGGACUUUUGUAAAGCUAUUUUGGUCGUUUUCAUUGUUUGCACUAGCUACGAAUCACUAUACCCCGUCACCUAGUAAGAAUAAUAAUUCUAACGAAGGGUCUGUUUCUAUAAAAAGUGUUAGCCAGAAACGCAACUCGUCCCUUACCAUGUAUACAAAGACUAUCAAUGCUAGGGGAGACAGCAUCCUCUAAAUUCUACAGUGAAUCCAAAGGAAAUCGACAGAGUUGAGAAAGCAUUUUUACCAAAUCAUUGACAGUGCAUAGUGCAUACAUGUACAUAUAUAAAUACUAAAGGAGACAGCAUUCUCUAUAAUAUUCUGUGAAUGUCAUUUUAGAUUGCAUUACCAAGCACUUUACAGUGCAUACAUAUAAUUACAUUAAUGCUAGAGGGUAUCUAAGAAAAUAAACGUACGUUGAGAUAGCAGUUAUUGUAGAAAUUGAUUUACAGUGCAUACACAGAUUAUCAAUGCUAGUGGAUUCCCUUCAGUGAACUUUAGUCAUUCAUCGAAGCUGAAACGGAAUUGUGAAAUACUUUGCUGUGACUACAAGUACUAUCAAUGCUACAGGAUACACCGUCCUACUAAUAUCUACUGUCUAUCUAAGACAUUGCGUGAUAAAGGAGACAAUCUUGCCAUUCACAGGGUAUAUAAAUUCUAAAAGUCAGAAGAUAAGCAAUGGUUUUAAAGGUCACCAGCUAAGGAAGAGAAAUGUGUGCAAAAGCAUUAAUUUAAAAUGAGAUAAUAGGGCUUUAUAUUGCACCUUCAUGUAUCCUGAAUACCAAAAAAAACCGGUGUUAGUGAAGUCACAACAAACGUGCUGAGAAUUGUAAAUGUGCUGCUUUGUUCAUUGGACCGCAUUUAAAACGCAACACCUCCGUAUUUGUUUGCAAUUGUAUAUCCAUUUACUAAUGGUUGAUGUUUAAUCUUAAAGUAUUUUGUACGUAAAAACAAGGUAAAUGGUGUUUAAGAUUUAUAUUAUCCUUUCUGCAAUCAAUUCGGUACAAUAUGUGAAGUUAAUAUUUAUGAAAUUUCACUCCUAUGUCUUUAAAAUCAAGCACACGACUCCAUCUUUGUUUUUGCUGAAUUUUCUAGUUAUAUUCUGAAGUGUUUGGAAAAUCACAGUUUGAUCAAAUUCUACAUUCUUUUCCAGACGUGCAGAACUGCCUACAGCAGUCAUUAAUAUUCAUGUCUUGUAACAUCGUACUCGUAAUAUUAUCUGUAUUGCGUUGUGUAAAACAACAUGCAAUUACGUUAUGUGAACA